CCACUUUGCCCAGUGGGUCCCUGGUUGCGCGUAAAUCUCACCAAGUUGGAGUCUUGUCCGUCUCUGGAAUCAUUUGUACCAACUGACUGUCUUUCAUAUAGCUGGUGUAGUGGUGGCAGUAGGAGUGGCCGAAGAUCUGCUGCUUUGCAUGAGUUGUGGUGGAGUCUAAGUUGGUGUCUGCAGCUCGAAAAUUUCCUGUGCUCCGCUCUCAGACGGCACAGCGAGAGGCGGAGGAGACGCGCACAGGGAGAUGGCCGAGAACAGCUCCGAAAGCAGCGGCUCUCUUCACCGCAGAUGUUUGGCCCACUCCUCGUCGGAAAGAAACAGCACGGCCAGCCUCGGAUCGUCUAAAUGGAUCCGGUUAAAUGUCGGGGGCACAUAUUUUUUGACAACGAGACAAACGUUAUGUCGAGACCCCAAGUCAUUUCUCUACAGACUGAGCCAAGCUGACCCCGAGCUAGACUCCGAUAAGGAUGAAACUGGUGCCUAUCUCAUCGACAGAGACCCCACAUACUUUGGGCCGGUGUUGAACUACCUAAGGCACGGCAAACUGGUACUCAACAGGGACCUUGCAGAAGAGGGUGUUCUUGAAGAAGCUGAGUUCUACAACAUCACAUCAUUAAUAAAGCUAAUAAAGGACAAGAUCAGAGAACGUGACUGCAAAACGUCCCAGGUCCCGGUGAAGCAUGUGUACCGGGUGCUGCAGUGCCAGGAGGAGGAACUGACCCAGAUGGUGUCCACCAUGUCAGACGGCUGGAAGUUCGAGCAGCUUGUCAGUAUAGGGUACGGGCGAGCCCACCAGUCAGAGUUUCUGCUGAUUGUGUCAAGGGAAGUGAAGGGAGAGGAGUCUGCUUUGCCAAACAACAGCGGAGAGUUGGUCAGCAUAGGCUCCUCGUACAACUAUGGAAACGAAGACCAAGCAGAGUUCCUGUGUGUAGUUUCCAAAGAGCUGCACAAUCAAUCAUACGGGACAAACAGUGAGCCCAGUGAGAAGGCGAAGGUAAGUGCACUGCCCACAUGACGCUCUGUGCUAGAG